AUGGCGUCCCUCUCCGUGGUGGCGGCAACGGUUGCUGCUCCGCACGUCAGGCAGCGUGGUGCCGGCGCCGGCGACGUUAUAUGCCAACUUGAGCCGGGAUCGAGCUCUCCCCUCUCCGGGUCGGCGCCCAAGAGGUUCAGGGCGAUGGCCACAGACGUCGCGGCGGCGGCGGAUCCUCCAGCCGCCAGGGGCUGCCCCACGAUGAAGGCGGAGUUCGCCAAGCACGCCGAGUACCUCAACGCCCUGAAUGACAAGAGAGAGAGGCUUGUGAAAGCUAGUCGGGAUGUGACAAUGAACAGCAAAAAGGUCAUCUUUCAGGUCCACAGAAUCACAAAAGUUAACAGGGACGAAGUUCUCUCCAAGGCAGAAAAUGAUCUUGCUGCAGUGGUUAAUCAAUACAUUGCAAAACUAGUAAAAGAAUUACAAGGAACUGACUUCUGGAAGCUCAGAAGAGCCUACACCUUUGGUGUACAAGAAUAUGUUGAAGCUGCAACACUGUGUAGAUUUUGCAAGACUGGCACUCUAUUAAGUCUUGCUGAAAUUAAUGAUUCUUUACUAGCACUAAGUGAUAAAUCUGUUGAGCCCUUACAGUUAAAUGUGCUUGACUAUCUUUUAGGGGUUGCUGAUUUGUCAGGAGAGCUUAUGAGGCUCGCAAUAGGCCGUAUAUCUGAUGGGGAAGUUGAAUAUGCAAAAACUAUCUGUGCUUUUGUACGUGAUAUUUACAGGGAGCUGACUCUUGUGGUGCCUCUAAUGGAUGACAAUAAUGAGAUGAAGAAGAAAAUGGAGGUCAUGCUGCAAAGUGUAGUAAAAAUUGAGAAUGUCCAUAUCACCAGGAAUACAAGACCUGAGUACUGA